GUAGGUACAACUUUAAGAGCUUCAACCCCCCUUCUAAAUCAGAUGCGGGGGAGUUACAAGGAACCAAUUAAUUUAUAAACGUCUCAAGGUUGUUCCCUACCUGCCGCUUGCUACCCUCCACCACCACAUCGACCAUGCUUCUAUCUCUUCUGACCAGUUGUGCUUUGACUUGACUUUUUAAUACCUACCGUAUCUCUCUACUUAAGGUAUUUAACAAAACUGCCACGCGGAAUCUCCAAUACCAAUACAAUAACUGCCUGUUGUUACCUAAAGGGACCGAUUCAUUGCAACUUACUUCCCCUGAAACGAAAAAAAAGCCACUAUACCCGUACGAGGAUGAUUCUCGUACAAUAGAUGAACCAUUCCCUCAUCUCACAAGACGAUAUCAUACCAUCCAAUACCAUCUUCGGUAUUCCCCAGCACUUUCACUUUUUUUUUUUUUUCUUAACGAUUUGCGUCAAAAUCGACGCUGUUACCAAGCUCCUCUUCCCCUUCCUUUUUAGUCCCCAUCCCUAAAAAUCCAUCAUCCAUCAUCCAUCAUCCAUCCCUCUUUGUUCCUUUCACGCACUCUAUCACAAUGUUUUCCCGACGUAUCGCGCGAGUAGCAGCUGGUGCAGCUCCGCGCUCACUCCGAGCGUUUGGCUCCACCGCUGCUAAUCAGCGCACGCCGUCUCUGACCGACAUUAGACCUGAGGACGUCGAAUCGUUCAACUCGAAGCAAAAGGCAUUCCGCGAGCAGUUAGUCAAAGCACAACAGGAGAGAGAAGCAAGUAGGUCCAUCGGAGAUUUUUCUUAUCCUAACCAUUCAUUUGCUGCCCCCAAAACCUUACAGGGCUUAGGCUCAUUAAGCACCCAUGCAGGACAGCGAGCGGAGGCUUCGACUAAGGAACCCGAUCGACCCGACAAUCUUAUAUCUAGGGUUAUUUACGGAACAAAGGAAGGGCGUGAGUUGGAUGCUCAGCUCGAAGCGAGCUUCUCCGCGGUCUUAGCUCGUGGAAAGUACGUGCACUCGAUCGUAUUCCACGAGGUGCUGCCAGAUAAGGUGGAUGAAUAUGUUGAGCUCGUUGGCCAAUGGUAUCCGCGCAUGGCUUCUUUGCAGGAGAAUAAGGUUCACCUCGUCGGAAGCUGGCGAACCGAGGUGGGCGAUUGUGACACAUUCGUUCACAUCUGGGAGUAUCAGCGUUACCAAGGAUAUCAUCAGUCGUUGAAUUCUAUCUCACGCCAACCCGGUUUCCCCGAAUUCGACAGAAAGCUUAGAACGCUGAUCAAAUCAAAGAACACUUCAAUCAUGCAAGAGUUUUCGUUCUGGCCAACUACUGCACCCCGUCAGCUAGGUGGCCUAUUCGAGUUACGUUCGUACACUCUUCACCCCGGAAACUUGCUAGAGUGGGAAACCCACUGGCGACGAGGCUUAAAGGCGCGAAGACAAGUGAUGGAAGGUGUAGGUGCUUGGUUCGUUCAGAUUGGCGAUCUUAAUACCGUCCACCAUCUUUGGCAAUUUGCCAACCUCGAAGAGCGUAAGGUCCGACGAGAGGAGAGCUGGAAGCAAGAUGGCUGGGCCGAGACGGUUCACAAGACCGUUCCUCUUAUCCAAACUAUGAAGUCGAGGAUCCUCGUCCCGCUACCAUGGUCGCCCGUGGCAUGAUUUCCAGGGGAGUUGACAAGUGAUUGUGUUGAUAUCAGCCGAAUUCUUUUGACCAACCUAAGCAUCUGAUACGGGAGAAUUGGAGUUUGGAGGCGAUUGUUUCUUAAUGUAGUCCAUCCGCCGUAUUGGCGCGAGAGCACCUGCGAAAGUAGCUGUACUUUUUACUACUGAGGCCCGGGAUACUUUAUGACGACCUGGAAGAGCUUGAAAAAUAUCACGCCCUGAAGACCAUGGUUACGUUCCAAUGGAUGUCACUGAUACCAAUUACGAAGCCAUUCGGGAUUCUUUUUUUGAAGGGAAAGUCAUAACCGAACUCGAACCGGAACUGAGUUUUCAAGUGUUUAUCAUGAUUUUUUUUUUUUUUUUUUUUUUU